CGGUCUUGCACCCAUCAGUCUUUGCUUUUUGUUACGUAUCAAGCUACGGACGGACUGCCCAUCAUGGAACAUAACAAAGAGUCAACAUUGCCCAUUCCAACGGCCAUGGCCGCCGAGCCAGUUACGGAUCCUGCAGUAGAAUUAGCUUCUGUAACCAAAACAGCGCCGGAAGAUAGCACAUCGUCGCCCACAGCAUUGUUGACAGUGUCGCCUACAUUACCUGAAGCGACACCGACGCCAGAACCAACUACAGAAAGGUCACUUCCGGUAUCCGACCCAAUGGCAAUCAUCCCCGCCGAGAUUGGACCUCCUCCACAAUACGAUGACCACAAGCGAGAUGCAAUAACGACUCCUGCACCGGCAGUCACAUCAUCACAGAUCAACGAGAAAGGCACUCCACCCGGCGUACAAGUCCCGGUUGCUCAAAGAGUCAUCGCGCUGGCGCAACUUGGUGAAGAGCCCGGACGCAUAUCUUGUCCCUUUUGCUUCCACGAGGUUCAGACUAGAGUGAACAAAGAGAGUACCAGUUCAACAACCAUGGCGGCCGCCUGCUGUUGUCUCUUCGGCGGAAUUUGCUGUGCAUUUUUGCCGUUCUGUAUGGAAAUGUGUCACGAUUCACACCACUUUUGUACAAACUGUGGCGUCCAAGUAGCCAUUCAUCCCCACGAAGGUCCGGUACAGCAAUUUGGUCCUGAUUCCCCCGGUGCAAUUAUCCGAGCUCCGGGACGCAUUCAACCUCCACAGGCUGUUAUGAAGAACUAG